GUCCAUCUAUCAACACUACACACAGGCAGGCCGCAGGCUUCCUUGCCUUCUGUAGUGAGUAUAGUGACUAGCUAGUUCGUUAGAUGGAUCCUUGUCACCAAUCCAUAGAGACCGCAGGCGCGAAGGACUACAGUGACCCACCCCCAGCACCAUUGGUCAACGCCGGCGAGCUGGGCAAGUGGUCCCUCUACCGCGCCGCCAUCGCCGAGUUCGUCGCCACGUUGCUCUUCGUCUACGUCACGCUGGCCACCGUCAUCGGGCACAAGCGCCAGGCCGAGUCCCAGCCGUGCGGCAGCGUCGGCGUGCUGGGCAUCGCGUGGUCCUUCGGCGGCAUGAUCUUCGUGCUCGUCUACUGCACCGCGGGCAUCUCCGGCGGCCACAUCAACCCGGCGGUCACCUUCGGCCUUCUGCUGGCGCGCAAGGUGUCGCUUGUGCGCGCCGCGCUCUACGUGGUGGCGCAGUGCCUGGGCGCCAUGUGUGGCGCUGGCCUCGUCAAGGCCUUCCACGGGGCCCAUUGGUACCUUCACUACGGCGGCGGCGCCAACGAGCUCUCCGCCGGCUACUCCAAGGGAGCCGGUCUGGCCGCCGAGAUCGUGGGCACCUUCGUCCUCGUCUACACCGUGUUCUCGGCCACCGACCCCAAGCGCAAGGUCAGGGAUUCGCACGUCCCGGUCCUAGCGCCGCUGCCCAUCGGAUUCGCGGUGUUCAUGGUGCACCUGGCCACCAUCCCCGUCACCGGCACGGGCAUCAACCCGGCAAGGAGCCUGGGGCCGGCCGUUGUGUACAACCAGCGAAAGGCGUGGGAAGAUCAGUGGAUAUUCUGGGUCGGCCCCCUCAUUGGCGCUGCCGCCGCCAUGAUCUACCACCAGUUAGUUCUCCGCGCCGGCGCAGCCAAGGCCUUGGCAUCCUUACGCAACAACUACCAUAUCUGAUGAUCUCAUCCAUAUAUCUUAUUGUCGUCGUUCGACCACCGGUCGGCACGAGAUGUUCUAGGCGUGCAUGCAUUCCGUGUCUCCAGCGUUUGCAUCGUGUGUCCAUUCCGAUUUCACCGGCCUGCAUUUCAAGCUUCAACUAUUCGUUUACUGUUUAUUGUGCUGAUUUAGGUCCAGUGCAAACACUUUGCCUAUUUGUAUAAUUCAUCUCAUGUCUAAGGUUAUUUGUUUAUAUAUUCAUAUAUAAAUAAUACUCCUCGCAAAAA